AUGACUGAUCUUUUGAGUAAUAUAAAGAAUGAAGAAAUUGGGAUUUUUUGCUUGCUCAAAGGGACAAAAUCUGCAGCAGAAUGCCUGAAAAUUGAGGCAAAAGAAGUAAAAAAUUUUUUGUUGCGUUGCGAUUUUGAUAGGAUUGAGUUUUUCAGCAAGCUCAGCGGCAUAUUGGAAGCUACAAUUAUAGACCUUGGAUUGGAAUCCGUGGCAGAUCAUUUAGGAGUGAGCCAAAAUUUAAUCAGUUUGAUCCCUAAGGAUUGUCCAAAUAGAAUCAAUAUUUACCAAGAAUAUCAAAAAAUUGUACGAGAUGAAAUUUCAAAUAACUUGGAUAAAGAAACCCAAUAUCCAGAUUUCCUCGUCAUAAAUAAGAAAAAUGAGCAGAGAUCGUCAAAAGAACUAGAUCUACUUGGAGAGGGAAUAAUGAAAAAAAGAAGCAGGCCAAAAAGUAGUAAAAGUGUUACUUCGAACCCUGAAAAAGAGCCAAUAAAAAGGCCUAAAAAUAUUGAAUUUAAUAAAUCAAUUACCCCCCCUUCACAAAAUAACCCUUUAGAUCUUUCAAUGCCUAUUCUAAAUCCCCCUAUAGAAACUCCAAUCGCAACAAAUACUUCUCCUAUAUACAAUGAAACUCUCUUGAAUGCAGAUCAGAAUGAAACACUCAAUACAAAUAAUUCUUCCCAAGACCAAGUUCUCAGGUCUGCUCAAAACCUAGCUAUGAGCACAGUCCAAAAUCCAACUAUGAACCCUUUACAGAUUCCUAAUAUUUUUUCCCCAAAUAUGAUGUUUCAUCCUACAUUACUUAAUAAAUAUGGUCCAUUUGGAUUUCCUCAGCCUCUAUAUCCUACGAAUAACAGUCAAAGCCAAGAUUUAAUGACUUUUCCAGCUUUUAGCCCAAGCGCUAUUAUGACUUUGAGCAAUCAGUUAAUGGCUGGAACUAUGCCAAUCCAAGCACCAGUUCAACGGCCUAAUCCAAGCUCUAGAAGCCAUCAUCAAACUCAAGCUACAUGCACAAAUUGGCUAUUAAAAUAUAAUAUUCCUUAUCACACUCCUCCUAAUGGAAACAUUCUUGAUCCAGAUUACAGCUACAGACCAAAACCAGCCUAA